GUAGAAAGUGCUUUGCUGUGCGAUUAAAAAAAGCCCUGAAUCUAGAUGGGAGACGCGGUGACGCGCGCGUAAUGAUGCUGCGCAUGACGCCAUAGCGCGUUCCCGAAGCGUUUGGGGCGGAGGAUAUCCGGAUCUUGUGGUAAACCAGGAACGAGGCCAGUGCACUCCGAGUGAACAGGGCAAUAAGAUGGCACGGGUCGGUAGCGCAGUGUGCGGCGUGCUUCCUCUGCUCUUCGUGGCGGUGGCGAUGGCAGCAUCCGAUCUGUUUGACAAUCAACUGGGAGACAUCAGCUACUGUAAAAACCAGUGUCAGACCACCAUCAAAAACAAAAAAGCUGCCAAAGACUCCGUAAUGAAUGCGUGCUACCGCGGCUGCCGGCUCUAUUCGAUUUGCCAGUUCGUGAACGGAAACACAGGAUUCAACAACAGCAAGGAGGAAUGCCAGGGAGCAUGCCAGGAAGCAUACAGUAAGCUACUGGAACAGGAAGCAUGUAGCACAGGCUGUACCAGCCAGCCAGCUGAGCCUGAAAUCCUGCGGAGGAAGCUCAAGGCCCUGACCAACCGCCCCAAACCGGUUUCAGUGAUGGACGCUUUGUUUGGUUGGUGCAACGAUAUUGUCAGCUCUGCUCAAAGUUUCAUGUCCUCCACCUGGACUUUCUACCUGCAGGCUGAUGAUGGCAAGGUGGUUGUGUUCCAGAGCGAGCCAGAGAUCGAGUAUUAUUUACCCGAGGUUCAAGCCCCACACUCCAUUGCAAACAAAGCCUGGCCUGAAGGAAAUCCUCAGACACAGAGGCUACAGUCUGGUGAACGACUGCACGGGGAGAAAAACACACCUAAAGUUGUGAGUAAGGGCAAACACAGCAGCCAGCGUGUCGAGGACACGGUCACUGAGCACGACUUCCUGGGCUGCAUGUCAAGGCGUUCGGGUUUGCCACGGUGGAUCUUAGCUACAUGUCUCCUGUUAUCAAUCAUGGUGAUGCUGUGGCUGAGCUGCGCCAGUCUGGUAACGGCACCUGAGCAACAUGUGAAGACUCAGUUGAGCAUCAACGGAGAUAAGGAGUUCUUGGACUACAUACCAAAAGUCAAUCCCUACCAUCUGACUUCGGUGAUUGCCGUAGCAGUCGGCCACCACGACGAAGGAAAAGAGGCGGGGCCUUUGCCGGUCAAAGUCGACCUAAACAAAACCUCACUUUAAAAUCAUUACAACGUGUGUGUCAUCUGUUAGUAUUUCUGUCCCUCAGUUAGAGGAAAAACAUCAUAACGUUUCAUUUUCUAAAGAAAAGUGCAUGGUGUAUAUAAGAACAGGUUCCACAGUGUUCAGUAACAUUUGACUUCGAUAUUUAUCGUGUAUCACAGAUAGUGCUGCUUUCAAAAACAUUACCGAAAUGAUUAACCGAGCUUUAAUUGUAGCAAGUAAGAUUUGGGAAGCUAAUGUGUUCUUUGAGCUACUUAGAACGUCUUUAAUAACGGCCAUGGUGUUGACUUCAGUGAGCAAUCCGAUUACUUGUCUCCUGAAUAUAAAUUAUUAACCGGUUUCUACACCGGAAACAGACCCUACCUGUGGAAUCAUGGGAGCAUAAUCAUUUGUACAUAUUAAUCUCUAUCACUAAUGUAUAUCACUUAUGUAUAAGGUCUUAUCGUAGAUGCUAAUAGACUGGUCUCAUUUAGAUGCUAAUAGCUCAAAUUUAGUAGUAUCUACAGAAAGCUUUGAGGUUCUGAGUGAUGCCUGUGUGAAGUAAGAAUGUAUAUUUCUCUUUUAUUCUUGAGAUUGUGAGAUGGGAUGAUUCUCUUACUUCUGCUUUAGUGCUAGGCUAGGUUUUGAAGAAUAGCUCUUUUUUUUUUAGCAGCCGUAGAGCCGAUCAGCCAUAAAGGCUCAUCCGGCCGCUAAUCGUGUUUCUAAGCCACGUGGUCCUGAUCGCAGUGCAUGCUAGUAGGUAUUGACGUAGCAAUUACAUGCUUACCCACUUAUAGACAAUAGACUAUUAUAUACUUUUAAUAUUUCUGUUUGGAGCUUUAUGUCGAGUGGCAAUGCAGUUACACAAUCGAUGCAUGACCUAAUCUAUAAUACAUAACAAAUGCUUUUUAUUCACGCAGUGAUUAAGUGGGUGAUUGAAUUUCUUUCUUUCUUUUUUUUCUUUAUUUGCUCCAGAAUUCAUUAGUCAUUUAUUAUUAAAUGAUGAUGUUCUCUGUGUCAGCAUGUCACACAGUAAAGUACGAAGAACAGUAUAAAAAAAAGAGGGAGAUUAUACAAGCUUAUUAAAAAUCAUCAGUUUUCCACAAACUCAUACGGUUGAAGUAAUACCGUAUGAUUUUUGACUCGUUGCUUUGCUUUUGCUGGUUUCUCUCAAUCAGCCGCCAGACUCAAUACAAUUUGCAUGGCUAAAUAUCCAAUUCAUUAAUCAUUGAGUAGUUAUGUAACGGCCAUCUCUCUCAUUAUCCGACAAAAUUUACUAACUGCCUGCUAAAGUCUUAUGUUUAAAGGGAAUAAGGUAUUACGUUUCAGGGUAAUAUUGCCAUGAAUGAUAUAUAAAUGACUUAAUUCACCUCAUUUUCUCUAAUAUUUGGUACGUUCUGAUUUGUUAAAUGUUUCCCUGCCCCUAUUGAACACAUUAUAUACAUGCAAGUACAGUAUGUAGGCAUGAAUUUUAUAACAUAUGCUAACACAGCUUAUACACUGAUUGUCUUAAACAUUUAUGCUGAUUUGUUGUUUAAUAUUAGUACAAAAUGGUUCAUUUAUGCCUGUAGCAUGGAGCUACUCCAUCUACCAACAUGCACUGGUGUGUUUUGUCGCAAAGUUUUCUUUUGCCUGCAGGUAUUUUCUUAUUAACAAAUCCACUGAGGAGAAGAAGAAGAAGAAGAAGAAGAAGAAGAAGUAGUAAAAUAUUUGUUAUUUAAAAAUGUAAUAAACUGUCAACUUGGCAAUAAUUUGUGGCUGUAAAUGCAAGCAUUUAACCCAGCAUUAGUGUAGAAUAAGGAAUUUUUGCUUUGGAAAAUGAUUAUGGACGUUCUGUACUGGCCCUUCACCAGCGCUGGACUGCUGGCUGAUCACCUGUAAGAAGCGCAAACAUUAUGUACUGUAGGCUCUUCAUAUUGCGCUUUCCUAACUCAGCUCAAGGUGCAGUGCGAAUAUCUUCCCCUUGCCCAUUAAAAUACCCUCCAAAAGUCAUUACUGAAGUAUACUGUCAAAGACAUUGAUCGACAUGUUUUAGAACGAUACGUUUAUUAUCAGUAAUAAAGCUCAAUGUAAAAACUUGCACAACAAAUAUUAAAUACAAUUAACAAAACCAACAUGAUAUGCUGUGGGACUUUUUGCUGCAGGGCAUGUUUCUGCGGAAGUUCUAAAAGUGUGGUGGUGGUGGUGGCAAAUUUUGCUGCAAUGUUCAAAAUGUAGGAGUUUGCAUGUUCUCCCAGUGCCUCGGGG